AUGGAGGUGAAGUCGAAGGCCCCCGCACAGCUGCUCGACGUGUCUUUGUUGCGAGAUGAUGGCCCUCAGGAUGCAGGGGAAGGCAGCAACCAGAUGCUGCUGAUGCCCCGAAAGCGCAAGGAAAAGAAAUCUGGAAGUCUCGGGAAUCAAAAUGAGGAGGCGCAGAAAGACACAAAGAAAGGCAGCAACAGGAAGCAGAGGAAGCUGAAGCAGCUGCUGGUGCGUCUGCUGCACUUUGAAGGGCAGCAUGGCCGAGUGACGCGCCAGCCUUUGUGGUUUGCUAUUGCUGCUGCUCGCGUGCUGCUGCGACCUGCUGUUGAUGCUGCUGCAACGGUGCUGCUGCUGCUGCUGCAGAAAAAACAUAAGGAAAGGGAUGUCAGGGCUGCGCUGCACGAGGAGCUACAGAAGUAUGAUAUGAGAACAGUGCUGGAGCAGCAGGAGGGCGGCGUUGCAGCAGGAACUGAUGCUGCAGCAAAGGCAGCAGGCGCAGCGGGCGAUAUUGCUGCAGCGGAGGCCACAGCAGCAGCUGCUGACAGUGAAAAGACGCAGCUAGCCAAGACAAUGCUGCUGCUAGGUCGAGGCUCGCUGCUGACAGGAGUCAAGGGUCGCCGGCUGCAGAAGAAGGCCCGCAAGGCGCUGAUGCUGCAGCAAGAGGUGCAGCGGAGGCAGCAGCAGCUGCAGCAGCAGCGCCAGCUUACACAGCAGCAGCAGAAGCAGCAAAAGGAGGCGCCGAAACAAAGUUCUGACGGCACGGGAGAAACGAAGAUCAAGCAAGAAGAUAGAGAAAAGCGGCAAGAGAAGCAGCAGCACAAAGAAGUUUCUUCUGCUCACAGUGAGGCCAAAGAACGAGGGGGCGAGAGUUCCCAAGGGCCGGUUGAGCAGCAGCAGCAACAGGAGAAGAAGCAGCAACAGCAGCAGCAAAAGACUGGCAUUGGGGCUGAGCAGCUGGUAGAUGGCGGUUUGAGCAAUGAGCUAGAAAACGACACGGCGUCCACUACCGCCAGCAGCAGCAGCAGCAGCAGCAGCGGCCAGAGCGCUGAGCGUAUGGCGGCCUCUCUCCAAACCAAGCGCGCAGCUGCAGCGAAAGCUGCAGCAGGUGCUGCUUGCCGGGGUAAUCGUAAUCGUCUUCCGAGAAUUUCCUAUUCUCCGGAGGCAGCAGCAGCCUGUCUUCGCCGCUCCCCUGAAUUUGAACAGUCAAGAGCUGCGUUGCCUGCUGCUGAGGCUGAGGGGCGCGUGCUGUCUUUCCUGCUGCAGCAGGAACACCCCUUGAUGCAGGAGGCUGAGGAGUGCAGCAGCAGCUCCGACGAGGAGGCUCGCGCAGCGCAAACGGGGUCCCCCGCAGCAGCUGGUGGGGCUUCUAGAAAAAGAAAAAGAAAAAAGAUGUUGGACCUCGCUGGCAGGCGCCACGCAGACAUUCUCUGCAUCUCGGGCGCAACGGGCUCGGGCAAAAGCACACAAAUCCCUCAAUUCGUAUUUGAGUCGGGAAUUUGCUACCCUCAAAUGCACUUUUCAAAGAAGUGCGAAGCGGCUCUCCAGCUGCUGGAGGAACAGGCGAGCGCGGCAGAUUCUGCUGUCGCUCCUGCUUCGGCUGCCAAUGCAGCUGCUGCUGUUGUUGCUGGCAGCGAGAAUGAAGGUGUUGCAGAGGACGCACCAGUGUCAGCUGCAACGGCAGCAGCGGCUGCCAAGCCUGGGUCGCUCUCAGUAGAGGCGACAAAGGAGGGCAUUGUUGUAAAAAGACAAAUGUCCAUCUGCAUCACGCAGCCACGCAGGGUUGCUGCUGUGUCCUUGGCCCGAAGAGUUGCUGAGGAGAUGGGCUCUCCCGAGCUCGUAGGCUAUCAGGUGCGCCAUGACAGACACAAUGUUGGCCCCCACUGCCGUCUCAAGUUUGCAACUGACGGGAUUCUCUUGAGAGAAAUACAGGAUGACUUCCUCCUGAGGAAGUACUGUUGCAUCAUCGUGGACGAAGCCCACGAGAGGAGCAUCAAUGUGGACUUGUUACUAGGGCUUGUCUCCCGAGUUGUUGUGAUGAGAAGGGAAAGGUUUGAAAGAGGCAAAGACACCUUGCCGCCACUCAAGGUGCUGGUGAUGUCUGCUACUUUGAAAGCUACGGAUUUCACUGAAAAUUCCCAUUUGUUUACACCGCCUCCGGCACUUUUGCACCUCGAGAGCCGAACGUUCGAGGUCCGCGUGCACUUCAGCAAAAAGACACCUGACCACUACGUCGACGCUGCAGUUAAAAAGGCUCUGCAAAUACACACCCGGCUCCCUGCAGGCUCUGUUCUUGUUUUCUUGACGGGGAGAGCGGAAGUCCUGGAGGCGGUGCGUCAGCUGCAAGAAUGGCAGAAACGGAGAUAUAAGCGUUUUCAGGCCUCUGCUGCUUUUACUGCGGCUGCUGCUACUGAAGGUGACGGUGAAGAUGAUAGUGGUGUGGUAGCGCCUGAGUCGGACUUCCUGUUGUCAGACCAAAGCGAAGACGAACCAUUGCCUCUCGAGGAAGAGAAAUCACCAGAUUAUGACAGCGAAGUGUCUGUGCACUCCGAUGACAGCUUCAGCUCUCGGAGCAGCCAAAGACGCCGCCCAAAACUGAAGCUGCCAAACCAUCUUCUGCAGCUUUCUCUUGCUAGCGAUGCAGAAGAAAGUGAUGGGCCCCACAGCGAAAUCAAGGAGGCCGAAGAGGAGGUCUUGAGAGCAGUUUUAUCUACCCCGCACCUUUCUUCAUCUGCAAAUGAGACACAGGUGGCCCCCUGUGAGACAAUGAGCCCUCAUGGGGAUAGUUCAUCAAAGUCUCACGGGGCUUCGAACGUUCUACAGGCAACUAGGACUGAGGGCACGGUGUCCAAAGAGGGUAAAGGAAAACGUAGGAAAGUCAGCGAGCCUUCUAAAUAUCCAGAAGAGGCAAUAAACGUCUCUCUGGCGGUGCCAGAGACUCCCGCGAAGUCACCACGGCCCCCUCAGGGGGCAGCUGAGGCUGGAAUUGAAACAUUUGACUCGCCGGACACUUCAAAGCGUCGAGUUCGCAAAACUCUCUCUGCCGGAGGCUGGCUGGGCGCAGGUGUGCAGGUGCGGAAGAAACCUGCAGAUAACGAGAAAAGCCAGGAUGGAAGCACCUCUGGCGCUCUUCCAGGAAAAGAAGAAAGUGUUCAGGAACCUCCAACUAGCUCGCAAGAAGAGACAGUUAUCGUGCCUAGGCUCACUGCCAUUCCACUCUACGCCACCUUGCCUGGGGAGCUGCAGCGCCUUGCGUUCGAGCCCCCAUCACCGGACGAACGGCGCAUCAUCGUCGCUACAAAUGUGGCAGAGACGUCUUUAACUUUGCCAAACGUGCGCUACGUUGUUGACUCGGGGAGAGAGAAAAGAAGAGUGUUCGCCACAGGGUCAGAGUGUUUUUCGUACUUCACCGUUACCCUGACCUCUCAGGCCGCAGCGCAGCAACGGGCGGGUCGGGCUGGCCGUGUAGGCGCUGGCGUGUGUUAUAGGCUGUAUUCAUCGGCCGUAUACGAGCACGAAAUGGAGCGUUAUCCACCUCCGCAAAUCCACACGGUGCCCCUUGAUCACCUCCUGUUGUUCAUGGCCGCACUGGGCAUUCCACGGCCCUCAGCUUUCCCGUUUCCUUCUCCACCCGCAGCGGCUGCUCUUGAGAGUGCGCGACGCCGCCUGGUAGCCCUCGGCGCACUGCAGCCUAAGGGAUCUGAACAGAAGCAGAAGCAUCACCAAAAGAGCAUGCGCGAGCCUGAAGUCUGCUGCACGGCUCUCGGCCGCCGCAUGAGUGAACUGCCGAUACCACCACGCUUUGCCAAGAUCCUUCUUUUGGCUUGCUCUCGUCACAAGGAACACGGGCCGGAGUUUGUGGCUGUAGCUUGCUACCUCGUUGCGGCUCUCUCUGUGGGCGAGCUGCUGCCCUCUUUACCGCCACAAAGCCGCAUUGGAGACAUUGGAGAGGGAGACGCAGCAGGGAACCGCAUGCGCCCUCCUCGGAGGCCUUGGGAGGAACAAGACAGCGACAUAGACGCCUAUGUCUGGUUGUGUGGAGCUUAUAGCCAUGCGAGAAGUCCCGUUGGCUUUUGCAAGUCAUACGGUCUGGACCCGUCGAGGUUUGCAGAGGUCGGGGCACUAGCAGCUCAGCUGGCCCAGCUAAUGCGUGUUCUGCUGCAGCGGGCACGUCAAGGCCAGGAAUCACUGGAAGCUGCAGAACCACAGCAGGAGGCCCCCGCGGACGAUCUUCAAGCCUUGAAAGCGCCUUUGCGACUGGCAGUACCCACAGCUGAAGCUAAAAGAUGCCUACAACAGUGCGUUGUUCAAGGUCUAAUCGACCAUGUGGCAGUUUGGCAAGAUCCUCCUCGUCUGCCCCCGGACGCAACCCCAGAGCAACGUGCAGCAAAUCGCGGGGGCUACCGGUGUGCGGAACUGAAGGGGCAACUAGCGCUGGUUCACUCUGCAUCCAACAUCCUGCACGUCUCCCCGCGUCCUAAGCUCUUAGUGUACAACCAGCUAAUUCACGAAGGUCGUGCAAUGCUGCAAAUAUGCCACCCACUCCAGGAUACGGAACUAAGCACAAGCGACAGCCCCUUGAUACACCAUACCUUUCUGCAGCUGCCGGCUCCAGCAUAUGAUUCACGGCGUGACGCAGUUAUGGGAUGGUCUAGGCCGGUCUACAGCCCCCUACAGCUGCCGUUACAGGCAGUGGAACGGCCUCUGCUUCGCACGAAGAGUGGUCAAAAUGUUGCCAUUUCUCCCCAGGAGCAGCAACAGCAACUCUACGAGUGCUUCGCUUCAGCGCUUAUUGCGGGCAGGGUCAUGCCACGGCUCAAGAGGUUCGCCUCAGCCUUGUGUGUUACCCCAGAGGGAAUGCUUGCGGGUAGUCGUUCGGGCACUUUCGCCGUGCGAGCGUUUGUAACGGAGCUGGCAAAGAAAGAUAUUGCCUCAAGGGCUGAGCUGGUGAAAUUGUGGAAGGCAGAACCAAAAUAUCUACUUGGAGAAUAUAUCGCACUGUUGCGUUCCUACAACUAUGAAACGCUACAGGACGUGCGAGAUAUGUGGCCCCCAAUCUGA